UUUGUUUUGUUUUGUUUUUGUUUCACCUUAAUUCUUAUUUGUAGCUAGCACUUUGGCUUAAAGUUGAAUAGUAAAUCUUUUGCUAUUUUUCUUUUGCUGUUUAAAACUCUCCAUAGACACAAUUUUUUCUUUUAAUGCAUGCUAAUAUAUUUUGCAUGGUCUUUAAUUUAAUAUCAUUCACAUAGCUUUGAGGGUUUAUCAGAAAUUAUUCUUUUCAAUAUUCACUAUUCAAAAUCUUUAUCUCCUUUAUUCAUUUGUGAGAGUGUUGAUUUUGAAUGAGUGAUCUUGUUGCUGUCUGAAUGUUCCAUUGAUAUGUCAGAAUAUAUUACUUAGGUGACUGGAUUUAAAAUGAACUUUUUCUUUUGGGUUACCUUUGACUUUGAAAAGGUGUUUAUGGUGAUGUGCAGCGUGUGAAGAUUUUGUACAAUAAGAAAGACAGUGCUCUUAUACAGAUGGCUGAUGGAAACCAGUCGCAACUAGCCAUGAGCCAUCUUAAUGGACAAAAAAUGUAUGGAAAGAUUAUUCGGGUUACCCUUUCUAAACAUCAGACAGUACAACUACCUCGAGAGGGACUUGAUGAUCAAGGGCUGACAAAAGAUUUUGGUAAUUCGCCUCUGCAUCGCUUCAAGAAGCCUGGUUCAAAAAACUUUCAAAAUAUAUUCCCGCCUUCUGCAACACUUCAUCUGUCCAAUAUCCCCCCAUCAGUAGCAGAAGAGGAUCUACGCACAUUGUUUGCUAACACUGGUGGCACUGUGAAAGCAUUUAAAUUUUUUCAAAGAGAUCACAAGAUGGCCCUUCUUCAGAUGUCAACAGUAGAAGAAGCUAUUCAGGCUUUGAUUGAUCUUCACAAUUACAAUCUUGGAGAAAAUCAUCAUCUGAGAGUUUCUUUCUCUAAGUCAACUAUUUAAAAAGGCAGAUUGAAAAUGAGGGUGUAUUGCGUUGUUUGGUGUUGUCACCUAUUGACUGUUCAGGAAAGUGGGGACCAGAGUUUGUCUUCUAUUGUUUUUUUUCUAAUUAUUUUUUUUUU